CAUUAAAACCCUCCUUUAAUAGAGUUUGAAGGAGCAUGCCGGCCUUUUACAGAACGCGAAAACUACGAUCGCAGGUCGCUCUUCUUAUUGUUGGCAUUAUUAUAUGUUUUUAUUUUAUCAUAAUAAUAUUGAACUCACUUGACUGGGGUGUUGAAGAUGACUUGUUGUAUAAUAUAGCUGAAGACAUUCCCAUCGGUACGAGAGAAUAUCCUAUAUUAUUAUGGUGGACUCCAUUUACUGGUGAAAGCGGUGCUUUUAAAAGGUGUGGAAAAGAAAUUUGCUUUUUUACUGAGCAAAGAAAGUAUUUUACAGAUGAUUUAACAAAAGCCAUUCUAUUUUAUGGCAGCUCUUUUUCGCCUACAGAUUUACCCUUACCAAGGAUGCCAUAUCAUGAUUGGGCUUUGCUUCAUGAAGAAUCUCCCAAAAAUAAUUAUUUGUUUUCUAUGGAAAAGGUUAUGAAGUUGUUUAAUCACACGGCUACAUUUAGAAGAGAAUCGGAUUUACCUCUCACUUUGCAAUACUUACAAAGUCUAGAUUCGUUGAAAUCUAAAAAAUUUUUUGUGCCAACUGCUGUGAAAAGUUUAAAAUCAAAAGAGCUAGCCCCUGUAGUUUAUGUGCAAACUGAUUGCAACACUCCAUCAGAAAGGGAUUCAUAUGUUGAAGAGCUUGCCAAACACAUUCCUGUUGAUUCAUAUGGGAAAUGCUUACAAAAUAAAGAAUUGCCCCCUGGGCUCACUGAUGCUGCCAGUUCUUUUAAUUCAGAAGCAUUCUUCUUUAUUCUUUCUCAAUAUAAGUUUAAUCUUGCAUUUGAAAAUGCUGUUUGUAGAGACUACAUUACUGAAAAGCUUUGGCGUCCUUUGGAAAUUGGAUCUGUUCCUAUUUAUUAUGGCUCACCCGCUGUUGAAGAUUGGCUUCCAAACCCUGAAUCAGCCAUUUUGGCAAAAAACUUUGCCAGCCCCAAGCAUUUAGCUGAACAUUUAUUGCGACUUAAAGCUGAUGAUGAAGCAUAUGAACGUCAUUUGGAGCAUAAAAUUCUCAACAAGAUAUCCAACAAAAGGCUCAUAGAAGGUACUGCAUACAGAGAAUGGGGAGUCAAUAAUGAUCUUACAAAACCAAACUUCAUUGACAGUUUUGAAUGUUUGGUGUGCAAAAGAGUUGCUGAGAAUUACAGAAGAGAACAAAAGGGACAGAAGCGAAAAAAAUACCAAGCAACAAUGGAACACUAUGGUUGCCCUGAACCUGUUUCUCCUUUCACACUAGAACCAGAUUCCAGUAGUUGGUGGUUGGAACUUUACAACAAAGCUAAAUUUGAAGCUGCUGCUUUAGAAAAACUUUUGAAUAGAGGGGCAAAUUUUUCUGCCACUGAAUUUUUCCAAGAAGUUAUUAAUUUACUGGAGAACAAUGCAUCUCAAUGAAAGUUUUUCUAGGUUUUAUUAUUCUGUGAGCGGAAUUCAUUUUUAUUGU